CUCACUUUCUACUUCAGUUUACAGGAAAAUGCGAUUUAUAGAUAUUGGUAUCAAUUUGACUGAUCCCAUGUUUCAAGGUAUUUACCGCGAGAAGCAAGUACAUCAAGAUGACCUUGAAUUAGUAUUGGAACGCGCAAAAAAGGCUGGUGUUGAAAGAAUGAUCAUCACAGGUACCAACUUGGCUGAUUCCAAAGAAGCAAUCGAAAUGGCCACAAAACCUGAACAUGCUGGUUAUCUUUAUUCUACUGUUGGAUGUCAUCCUACUCGAAGUACGGAAUUCGAAAACUAUGAUCAAGGACCACAAGCUUAUUUGGAAGGUCUGCGAAGUUUGAUCAAGGAAAACCCAUGCGUGGUUGCUAUCGGCGAAUGUGGUUUAGAUUAUGAUCGACUUCAUUUUUGUGACAAGGAAACUCAAAAAAAGUAUUUCCAGGUACAAUUUGAUCUUGCCAAGGAAACGAAACUACCCAUGUUUUUCCACAAUCGAAACACAGGUGAUGACUUUUAUACUCUGAUCAAACAGUAUCGACAACAUUUUACACAUGGGGUUGUCCACUCUUUUACUGGUACAAUGGAUGAAAUGGAAAAAUUAGUAGAACUUGGACUUUAUAUCGGUAUUAAUGGUUGCUCUCUCAAGACUCAAGAAAAUUUAGAAGUUGUCAAGGCUAUUCCACAAGAUCGAUUAAUGAUUGAAACUGAUGGGCCAUGGUGUGACAUUCGACCAACUCAUGCUUCUUAUGCUCAUUUGAAAAACGUACCAAAAGAAGAAAUCACUUUAUAUGUUCCUGAUAGCAAGAAGAAAGAAAAGUUUGAAAUGGGUUGUACAGUCAAGAGUAGAUGUGAACCAUGUGCUAUAGGUUCUGUUCUACAUGUAGUUGCCUCAGUUCGAAAUGAAAAUCCUGUCAAGCUCUCUGAAAUCAUUUGGGCCAAUACCUGCAAAGUAUUCUUCAACUAACAAGGCAGUGAAUACAACAAGGUCAAACAAUGAACAACAAAAAAAGAGAAGAGUGAAUCAACAAUAUUGAUAUAGGUAGACCUGUGGAUAUGGAUAAUUAGUUUUAGAAAUGUAGUAUACCAUAGAUUUUAGUGAUUAUUAUAUCAUUGAAUAUAUUGUGGAUGAAAUAAAAUAGAUUUGUGUUUGUGUUGGUUUGAAAAA